AUGCAGGCUACUGAUAAAGAUAAAGGUAUGAGAUUGGGACAACAAAACCAGUAUUAUAAUAGUAAAAUAUCUAUGAACUAAUUUGUAAAAUAUUAAUAGUUAUUAUUUUUAUAUAGUUAUGUUGUCAUGGUUAUUAUCAAAAGAUGAUGUGACUUCAGCUCUGAGUGGUGGUGUUAUCGAGACUGCUGUCGAAGUCGGACCAGAAAAGGUGCACCCUGGUUUAAUUGAUGAAAAUGUGAAUGUUUCAAGGCUCAGACCUUACUUUAACAAUCUUCCUUUCUAAAUGUGAAUAAAAUACCAGAGCAUUUUACUUGAAUUUGUUCACCCCUGAUGGGAAAAUUACUGUUUUCUAGGAGGUAACAAUUUUGGUAACAUGGCGAAGUCAUCUAUGAUUUCAAAGAAACCAUUUGUCCCAAGCAUAGUUUUGUUAAACAGAUAUGACAUGAUGUCGGAAGAAUAACUAUUCGAUCAACGCUUACGACAAAAACAGCACAAAAGAUAACACUGUGUGUUGAAGAUUUUUCUAAGUUGAUAUAUUUUGUGGCAAAUGUCGGAUGAAUAGCCAUCAAACAUAGAGUUCCUGUGUUGGACGAAUAGCCACAGGUACAAAAUAACUGUGACAUUGACAAGCUACAUAACAAUGUUGUCAGCUAAGUUCUUUAUUCACUUAUUGAAUUUUAUAUUAGAUUAAUUGACUUAGUAGGUAACUAUCCUCAUAAUGUCAGCCUCCUACAAUUUAUUUCUUCAAUAAUUUAAAGAUUUAAUCUUGUUAAUCUGGAUCCUGAUAUUAACAUUCCUAUUCAGUCAACUUUUAAAUACUAUACAACCAAUGAGUUUCAAAAUAGCACAGAGAUAAUAAAUUGUAGAAGCAAUCAGCAAUUUUUAGUGCAAAGUUGCUUUGCACUAUAUUGGUAUGACAAAAAUUCAAUCCAGUGACCGAUCAAUCUAUCUAUAGUGUGGACCUUGUAAAUUAUUUUUAUUUACAUUUUCUAGAGCUUUGCAAUGUUCAGCCAACUAAUCGUUUAUAGCUGUUUAUAGAUUGUAAAAAUCUAUAUUUAUAUUCAUGAUGGUACAUGUUCUUACUUAUUUUAUCCAACAUUUACAGAAGUUAUAACCAAAUUACUGUUACAUUUCAAGCACUUGCUAUUAUAUGAUUUGCCCCCUGCAUCAUAAAACAAAUGAAUUAAUACACAUGCUCUCAUAUAUCAUUUUCCAAUGGCGGGCAUGGACGAGCAGCGACUAUUGAGUGGUGGUGUGAAAUUGUGUAGACUAGAGUGUAUUACAACUUACAGUUGGCAGAAUAUUGGGCUAGUAAUCCAAAUGUUGUAGGUUCGAUUCCCAUCGUGGCCAGGCAUGUUUUUCAAGUUUGCCCGGUGUGGAUAUACACUCAGAGUAACAUCACAAACAUCAUAUUCACCUUAGUACAUAACACUAACACAGAAAAAAUCAAGAUCCUUACUAGUUGGUCAUAACUCAUAACUGUGGUAUAUAACAGACAACUAUUGUGAUGUACAUGAGUACGAAAACCAGCCUAAAGCCCAUUAUUACUAAAGUACAAAUAAUAAAAUAAUUAUGCAUUUGUUUUGUUAUUUUACAGAAAAUUUCUAGCCUUCGACCCAGGUUCCCAGAAAGAAAAAAAAUUUUCCACCCCUGCCAUAUUCAUAUAUUUGUGUUCACAGACCUUAAAAACAAUUGAUUUCAAAAGAAAUUAAUAAUGCAGAACAUGAAUAUAUGAAUGUGGUCCCCUCCGGCACUUAUCGAUCUUUCGACGAUAUAUGAAUAUGGUCCCCUCCCCCACUUAUCAAUUUUAGGCGGAAAUCAGGUAGCCGUGCUGCCUGCAGGGCACCACGUGUUGGCUGUCAUGCGAAUUUAUAUGAUUUUAUUUGUCAUGUGAAUUUGUUGCAAUUGAGAACAAUAUUAAAACUCUAGUAUUUUACAUUUUAAAGCUUUCAAAAUUGUUGUGUAAAGACUUUCUUUUCAAGAUUUGUAUGAAAGAAAUGUACCAUUCUGUCUGUCUUUAUAUAAUAAGUAUUGAUGAAUUAUAGUUGCUGAAAUAUACUUUGGUUAAUCAAGGAAAUUCAAGGAAACAAGGAAAAACACUGCCUUCACCACUCAAAAAUCCCCCCACUUUUACAAGCCUGGUGCCGCAUGCAGCAUGUCAAAACAGUUUAUUUUUCCAGAAAAUUCAAUUUUAAUGAGACUACGCAUUUUCCACUUUAUGCCCCCAUACACUUGCAGUGUCUUUCUAAAUUUGAAACUUCGAUCCCUAGUCUGUUUUACGUUCUAAUAUACAUUCAAAUUUUGACGGCUUAAAUGAAUUAUUACUAGAAUUGAAUUAUAAUAUUUCUCUAAUUGUCUAACUGAAACUAAAAUUAUGAGUACAAAAGAGCUGUGUACCAAUAUUGAAAUUCUUGGUUAUGGAUCUCUCAGUUUCAAUACUUGAUUAUGAAGCACUAUGGAUGGAGAUUCAUAGUAACAUGAAACAGAAUCUUAUAUGUGGGGUUAUAUACAGACACCCUUGACGGUGCUAUUGAUAAAAUUAAUCGGGAAGGCAAGCUAUGUAUUAUGAUGGGUGAUUUUGAUAUAAAUUUUCUAAAUUCAGUUCUCAUCCACCAACAGAAGAUUUUCUUAAUUUGCUGGGCACCUAUUUUUUUAGCUGUCAUAUUCUACAACCUAUUCUAAUAACUGGUCACUCUGCUACAUUAAUUAACAAUAUAUUAUUUAAUUCUAUUAGUCACCAUACCAUUAGUGGGAAAAUGAUAUACAAUCUCACAGACCACCUUCCCCAUUUUUUAAUUGUUAAUACAUUUUUCACUCUUCCUAAAGAAUUCAAACUUUAUAAAAGACACUAUUCAAAGUGCUGUUUAAUCAACGAGCAGGAGUGUUUUUUUUUCUGUGGUAGUGCAAUAUACUCAUUAGGUUUAGCAUGAGGUUGUGCGUGCAGCACAAAUUCAAUAGAUAAACUGCCUUAUUAGUAUUCUUUAUAUAAAGAAUACUAAUUAGGAAUGUUUUAUCAGGUUUAAAUCCACUGCAUGCGACAUAUUAUGGUUGCAUGGCCAGAAAUGAAGGACAACAUGGCCCGCAGACAUGUGUGUUAGGUGUUCGCCAAAAAAUUCAAAAUGGCGGCACACUAUAAAUUUGAUAAGAGAAAAUUCAAAAUAAGCAUUUUGUGUUCGAUGCUGUAAAGAAUUUAUACGGUCCCAUGUCUACAAAUUUAUUGAAUAAGGUCAGUAUCAACUCCCGAAAAUCUGAGUAGCGGAACUCACUGCGAUUCUGAAGCUCACUUGCUAGACCGAUAACCUUUGCGGCCUUAUUGCAGGCGCAUGUACUUACUGCACAGCGUAGUUCGUUGUACGCAUGCGCUUUAUGGCCUUAUAUUGUUUAAUGGUGGGCGAGUGUACUUCCCCUUUGGGAAAUAAACUGGAAAUUUGUCCUUCCUUAAAGCAACUAGAAGACUUCUACCGAAAUCAAGUACGAUUUUUUGAGGGGAAAUUUAUCCGAAAGUUAAAAGACGGCAAUCUUUUUCGUGUGACUUCAGAGAGUCCGCAGCAGAAAGUAAUUUCUUUGGAGGUUUCCAAACUUGUAUUCUUGAAGUCACUGGCUUCCAGGUUCUCGGACAAUGAAGUAUUGGAGAGAUACCCGCUUUAUAUCUGUGAAGUACAAACUCUACGUCGCUUAUGUAACAUUUUUGGAAAGGAUAAUUUGGUAAGGAGAUUCAACUCUGGGGAUUUUACGAUUAUUAUUCCAUUUUAUGCUGUCGUAGAGAAUUUUGUUUAUGAAUUACCUCAGG